AUGACUCCUACAAACUCCUCUUUUGUGACUGAAUUCAUCCUGGUAGGCUUAACAGACCUACCAUAUCUCCGGCAUCCCCUGUUUGGUUUCUUUCUACUCAUGUAUGUGGUCACUGUGUUGGGAAAUUUGGGCUUGAUAACUCUAAUUAGGCUGAAUUCACACCUCUACACCCUGAUGUACUUUUUCCUCUUCAAUUUGUCCUUCAUAGACCUCUGUUAUUCUUCUGUGUUUACACCCAAAAUGCUGAUUAACUUCACAUCAAAGAGGAAUAUUAUCUCCUACAGGGGAUGCAUGACCCAGCUUUACUUUUUCUGUUUCUUUGCUAUUUCUGAUUAUGUGCUGACAUCAAUGGCCUAUGAUCGCUAUGUGGCCAUCUGUAACCCACUGUUGUAUAAUGUUGCCAUGUCCCCCAAAGUGUGUUCCAGCCUUAUGCUUGCUUCAUAUUUGAUGGCAUUUUCAGGUGCCACGGCUCACAUAGGAUGCAUGCUGAGACUGACCUUCUGUGGUGCAAACACCGUCAACCAUUAUUAUUGUGACAUCCUUCCUCUACUCCAGCUCUCCUGCACCAGCACCUAUGUGAAUGAGCUGGUAGUUUUCAUUGUGGUGGGCAUAGAUAUCAUUGUGCCCAGUGUCACCAUCUUUGUCUCUUAUGGUUUCAUCCUGUCCAGCAUCUUGCACAUCAGCUCCACUGAGGGCAGGUCCAAAGCCUUCAGCACGUGCAGCUCCCACAUAGUUGUUGUUUCUCUCUAUUUUGGAUCUGGUGCAUUUGUGUAUCUUAAACCAUCUUCUGUUGGGUCGAUGGGUGAGGGAAAAAUCUCUUCUGUCUUUUAUACCAAUGUGGCUCCCUUGAUGAACCCCUUCAUUUAUAGCUUGAGAAACAAAGACAUUAUACUUGCUCUGAGAAAAACCCAGAGUAGGAGAAUGUUUUAA